GACUAGGACUCAUUGAUUUAUUAUUAAUUAAAUACAUUCCAGUUUGUGGUCGUAUUAAAUUUUAUAGGCUUUAAGUUAAUAUUCUUAUUAUGGCUAUUUGAUUUUGGUUUUGUAGUUGCAGUUGAAAGAAUAUACCUACUACUGUACAUAAGUUAGGCUUACUUUCGUAAAUAGUUUGUAGUCCCUGAACUAGUAAGGCCUAGGCCUAUUUACUGUUGACCGCGGAGUCCGUCAUGGGAAGGAAAGCUAAAUUUACUGAUGAACAGAAGCCCAAAAAAGGAAAAGGAAGGAAGGCAAAGAAACAAAAGGAUCCUAUUUUCCCGGCUAGUUUAACUGAAGGUGUCUCUAAAACUUUGAGCCAUCGUCAAAAGCAGAGAGCUGCAAAACGAGCUAUUAAAACUGCUUUGAAACAAGAGAAAAAAGCAAAGAAAAAAGAAAACCGCUUAGAAACAUCUUUGAAUGACGCUAAAUCAUCCCUUAACUCUCCACAAGAUUCUAGUUUUAAGGAGAAGCAGAGUGACAAGUUGACGAAUAAAAAUUCAUCCAGUGCAGUUGAUCUUGUAUCAAAACAGAAAUUAAAUGGUAAACAGAAUAAUACAACUCCCAAAUUCAAGAAAAAUGAACCAGACUUCAGCUCUAUUUCUGGUAACUUCAUCAAGUCAGAAUCAAAAACGCCCAAUCGCAAAAGUAUUACCGGUAACCAAUUUGUUGUUACUCCAUCACAUCUGGAAAAUGUAAAGGACUCUAAAAAAAGUUUGGCCAAGGGUUUGAAGAGAAAAUUGGACGAUGAAGAUUCUGCUGAAACAGAAAAAAAAUCUACUGUUGAAAGUAAAACCUCUCAUCAAAACAAAAAACCGUUUGAAUCAAAUAAGAAAACAAAUUCUAAAGUAAAUAAUUUUCAAAAGAAGGGUUCUAAAGAAAUAAUUCACGAAAAGAAACUGGAUUCAAAUAUCAAAAAUAAAUUAAAUGGUACAAAUAACAAAUCUGAAGUGAAAAACGUUCAGGUAGGCCUUACUAACGGCUCCCUGAAAGGAAAAAAUAAAAAAAUAAAGGCUGGAUUUACCGAUGAUAACAGUAGUUGGUUGAAACCAAAAAAGAAGAAGGUUGACAAAAGUUUAGAAGACAACGAGGAAGAGAUUGAAGAUAAUGAAUUAGAGAGUGACGAAGCUAGUGAUGCUAGUAUGAGUGAAGAAGAUGAAAUAGAUGAUUAUGGUGAAGAGGAAUCAAGUGAUGAUUCUGAAGAAGAUGACAGUGAAGAGGAAGAACAAGUCCAAAGUAAAAACAAAAAGGAGAUCCAAAAAAAAGCAAAACCAAACAAGGAACAAGUGGAUAAAGAUGACGAAACCACAGAAUCUGGAGAUUCAGAAGAUAGGGAUGAAGAAAGCGAUGAAGAUGAUGAUGAAGAUGAUGAAGAAGAUUCAGAAGAUGAAGAUCUGCUACCUGUCGAAAAAGCUGCUAAAAAGCUAAAGAAAAAGAAAAUAAAGGAGGAAAAGCAGGCAGAAGAGGAGCUACAACUGAACGUUGCUAACCGUGAAGUGUUUGCAUUUCCCAAGGAGGGAGAGAGAGAGAAAACAUCGUUGCCUGAGGUUGAACAGCGAAUCAAGGAUGUCCUGCUAGUUCUCUCCAACUUCAACAAGUUCAGAGAGAAAGACAGAUCUCGCCAGGACUACCUAGAGUUGCUGCGGGAAGACCUUUGUCAGUAUUUCAGCUACAACGAGUAUCUCAUGGAGAUGUUCAUGAAGUUGUUCCCUCUCACGGAGUUGAUGGACUUCCUAGAGGCUAGUGAGAGUCAGCGACCACUUACAAUACGGACCAACAGCCUCAAGACUCGGAGAAGAGAUCUGGCUCAGGCUCUGAUUGCCAGGGGAGUCAACCUGGACCCGGUUGGCAAGUGGUCCAAGGUUGGACUGGUCAUAUACAAUGCUACUGUUCCCAUAGGAGCAACCCCAGAGUAUCUGGCAGGGCAUUACAUACUACAGGGAGCGUCUAGUAUGCUGCCUGUCAUGGCCCUGGCACCACAAGAGAAUGAGAAGAUACUGGAUAUGUGUGCUGCUCCUGGCGGGAAAGCCUCUCACAUAGCUGCUGUCAUGAAGAACACAGGUAUGUUGUUUGCAAACGAUGUGAACAAAGAUCGAGGGAAGGCAGUUGUCGGAAACUUUCACCGUCUUGGGAUCAUCAACACUGUCGUCUGCAGUUAUGAUGCACGGAAAUUCUCAACUGUAAUGAAAGGGUUCGACCGGGUGCUGCUGGAUGCACCCUGCUCCGGGACGGGAGUGAUAUCCAAGGACCCGGGAGUGAAGACGUCCAAAGAUCCGCAGGAUGUGCAGAGGUGUUUCACACUACAGCGGCAGUUACUGCUAGAGGCUAUAGACUGCACCAACGCAAGGUCCUCCACAGGAGGAUACAUUGUGUACUCCACGUGCUCUGUGCUGCCAGAAGAAAAUGAAGCUGUAGUAGAUUAUGCGCUGAAAAAACGAGAUGUGAAAGUUGUUGAAACUGGACUCGGCUUUGGCAAUGAAGGGUUUACCAACUACAGGCAUUGCAGAUUUCAUCCAUCUCUAAAACUGGCCCGUCGCUACUACCCUCACACGCACAACAUGGAUGGCUUCUUUGUUUGUAAAUUGAAAAAGUUUUCAAAUAUUAUAAAGAAAACAGAAAAUGAAGAUACUGAAGAUGAGGAGGAGGAAAAGGAGGACGAACAUGUAGAAAAUGAGGAGGAAGAGGAGGAAAACAAGGAAGUUGAGGUAAAACAAAAAGAAAAGAAGAAAGGCAAGGAAAAAAUAUUAGAGAUUAAGAAAGGCAAAGAAAAACAAGAAGAAAUUACAAAAAGUAAGAAAAAGCAGGAAGUAACAAAGAAAGAUAACGUAAAGCAGGAAGUAAUUAAGAAAGAGAAAGUAAAGCAGGAAGUAACAAAGAAAGAUAAAGUAAAGCAGGAAGUAUCUAAGAAAGAGAAAGUAAAGCAGGAAGUAACAAAGAAAGAUAAAGUAAAAGAGGAAGUAAUUAAGAAAGAAAAAGUAAAGCAGGAAGAAACUAUGAAGAGUAAGGUAAAUCAGGAAGAGAAGACAAAAGGUAAGGCUAAACAAGAAGCAAACAAGAAAAUCAAAGUAAAACAGGAAGAAAGUGAAGAUGAAGAAGAAAGUGACGAUGACUAUGAAAUGGAAGAAAGUGAUGGUGAAGAAGUUACGGAUGAUAGUGAGAAUGAGGAAGAAAGUGAUGAUGAAGAAGGAACAGAAGAAGAAACAGAAGACGACAGUGAUUAAGCAAAGUAAUUUAAGGCUGAAGUGAAUAAGUCAAAGAGAAGUCAACUUUUAAAUUGACAAAAGGUACUGUUAAAAUUAUAUGCAAAAACAAAUCAAUUUUGUUGGUGACUAUGUCACCAAAACAAUUAAGUUUUAAUUUUAAAAAAGAUUUGAACCACACAAGCAUGGUCUGAAACUACACAAUAAUCAAUUCAACCUAUGAACACAGAGGUUUAAUUUACCUAACCUCUUUUUCAAGGAAUUUAAGUAGGCCUACUGAUCUGUCUUGCAUUUUUAUCUGUUGAUGUAUUAUUGUUUUUAUAUUUUUUUAUAAACCCAAUCCUUAUUAGGAGUAAGUGGAUGGCAGUGGUGGAUACUGGUAAGCGGGAUGAUAGUUUUAUCACUUACAGCUGUGUAACAAUCCUCCCACAUUAUGGCAUUGUGUGUACUAAUGCACAAUGAAGUGUGGCUGACACAUUGGUUACCUUGAUGUGUGAAGGGAGUCAGUAUAGGUGGAAUUAUAAUUGCUAUCCCAUUAUUUACCAAAAUAAAAGCUAAUGUAGUGGUUCGUGCAGGUCCGUAUUCGACCGCGGCUUUUAAGUAAGGACCGGUUUUGUGUAUAAUUGGUGAUUCGCUUGUACGUCACAAUGAGGUUCCUGACCACUUCCUGGCAUCAUUUGUAAACAGAAUGACGUAAAUUUCAGCUUUGUAGCUGUCAUGUAUGCGUUGCUGUGUUUUUUUAAUUGGUUAAACCAUCAAAUAUCCUGCCGCGUAUGAGGUAAGGUAAGGUCAGUGAUACGUUUUUUGAUGACAAGAAAUAUAUCCAAUGCUGACAUUUAUCACCAGAUGACUGAAGGCUAUGGCCCUAAUAUAGUGAGUUAGGGUAAAGUGCAUAAUUGGGUUAUGGAGUGUAAAAAUAGCCGUGAGAUCCUUUUUCCUUUGUGGUCUUCUGUGAGAAGUCUGGAUACCCAGCAAAAACACAAUUCCAACCGAAAUGAACAUUUUCACAGCCAUUUUAAAGCUCCCUAACCUAUUUCUGCACUUUUUACGCUAAGAAUGGUAAAUAGGGCACUUUCUUAUAAUUCUCUUCAUACCAUUAUAGGUACUCUCAAAGUCAUAGCACAAACCACCAAGCAUCAAGCAUAAAAAUAAGUCUUUUUGAAAGCAAGCUACUAAACUGUAAGCUGGUAAGAUCAGAGGGUCAAUGUUUUCUCCCUAGGUUAGGUACCUUGUCAGCAAGUAUCAUCCCGACUACCAGUGUCAAUCCAGGCUUCACUAUACCUAGGUACCCUGAGCUCUGUUCUUGUUGUAUUACAUUUUGUAAUGUAUAGCCUACUACUUUAAACAUGUACAGAAUCCUUGCUUGUUGUUUUGUUUUAGUAGCCCUUUUCACUAUAAACUUAUCGAUGUAUUUAUUUAUAAAUGAUUUCAGUACAUUAUCACAUUUAAAACAAAACAAAUCACAAUGUUGCAGUUUACAUGAAUUCAGUUUAUUCUUGAUCAGUUAAACUACCUAUGUAUUUGUAUGCACUAAAGUUUGUAAUACAGCUAAUUUGCAAA